AUGGGAACUUUAAGAGCUACCUCUUCAGGUUUGGCAUUUUACCUAGUGAGCGUUGCAGCUGUGGCGCUGGUGAGCACAGCGUGGAACAUGUUCUUCUGCACUGCAGUUUGCAUGCAAGACCCAGCUGCAGCCGGACGUACACCACGAAUAACAGAGCACCCAUCCGACGUGCUGGUACGUCGACAUGAGCCGGCCACUCUUAAUUGCAAAGCAGAGGGCCGUCCUGAACCUGUCAUCGAGUGGUACCGAGAGGGAUCAGGACGAGUCAAAGACACUGCCAACAGGAUGGCCCUGCCCAGCGGAUCCUUGUUCUUUCUGCAUGUUCUGCACAGCAAGAGGGAACAAGACACUGGAACCUAUUGGUGCGUCGCUAGCAAUGAGUUUGGGAGAGCGAAAAGCCGGAAUGCGACCUUGGAAGUAGCUGUGCUUCGGGAAGACUUUCGUUUAAGUCCAAAACCUGUCCGUGCAGCGAUGGGCGAGUCUGCAAUUCUGGAGUGUGUUCCGCCCAGGGGCCAUCCCGAACCUACAGUUCGAUGGAGAAAAGAUAGCGAAGUGGUGGGCGUCGGUGGCGGUCGUUUUCGUCUGGUGGGGCCUGGAAAUCUAGUCAUUGGAGAUGUUCGUCAAUCGGACGAGGGUCUAUAUCGAUGCUUGGCGGAAAACCUAGCAGGGAUGAGAGAAUCACCACCGGCAGCUUUAACCGUCCACGUGAAGCCUUUCUUCGUGAGGGAACCUGAACACGUGACUGCUCUGGCGGAAGAAGACGUUCAGUUCGAAUGUCGAGUUGGUGGAGAUCCUCUUCCUACCAUCACGUGGAGGAGACAAGAUGGAAAAAUGCCAGUCGGAAGGGCCCAGAUUCAAGAGGACAAGAGCCUGCUAAUAAAAGACGUACUUUCAUCGGACGAAGGAAUGUACAUUUGCGAGGCUGAAAAUCCCGUUGGAAUCAUCUCUGCAUCUGUCACUCUUACUGUUCAUUCUCGGCCUUUGUUCUUGAAAACACCCCGUGACCAGCGUGUUGGAUUGAAUGGUAUUGCCAAGUUUGAAUGUUCAGCUACAGGAAAUCCACCUCCAUCUGUUUUCUGGACAAAAGAAGGAAAUCAGGUUCUAAUGUUCCCAGAACGUUCCUACGGCCGAGUAUCAGUGACGAGAGAAGGUAGUUUGGUGAUAUCUGGAGUCACUAAAGAGGACAAAGGAUAUUACAUUUGUUCUGUUCUAUCAGGCAUUGGAUCCUCUAUGGCUAAAGCAUAUCUUGAAGUUACAGCUGUGGGCGACUUGCCACCUCCUAUCAUCCUGUUGGGGCCAGCCAAUCAGACAUUGCCGUUGCACACUGGAGUUGUUUUGCCUUGUGAAGCAUCUGGUAGUCCAACUCCUUCCAUUCGUUGGCUUUUCAACUCGGGGCCCCUACCGUCCUCUGGUCCGCGUUUCAAAGUCAUGGAUUCAGGAUCGCUCAAGAUUGAUGCUCUUCAACCAACAGAUUCGGGGAUCUAUUCCUGUACAGCAUCUAGUGAAAGUGGUGAAACUUCAUGGAGUGCCUCUCUAUCUGUGGAAUCGCCUCGAAAUCCAAACGUAAUUUUUCAUCGAGCUCCAGAUCCCUCAACAUUUCCACGUCCACCUGGUCAGCCCACUGCAGUCAACGUCACCGAAACGUCCGUCACUUUGCAGUGGCAGAGAAGUAGCAACAUGGGGGCAUCUCCACUCAUAGGUUAUAGAGUGGAGUACUACAGCAGUGAUCUUCAAAGUGGAUGGGUAGUUUCAGCCCAUCAUGUCUCCACGGAGAGUCACGUGGUUCAAAAUCUUCGUCCGGAUACACAUUAUCAGUUCCUGAUCCGUGCUGAGAAUUCUCAUGGUCUUGGACUGCCGAGUCCAAGCAGCAAAGUCGUCAAAACAAUAGGGCUUCCAUCUCACCUUCUGCCAGAUUUCGAUUUAGAAGAGGCCCGCACCCAACUGAGUACCAUUGCUUUAGAACUCCAGGACAUACGACCAAUUAGUUCAACGGCUCUCAAACUUGUGUGGAAGAUUCAAGGAGCCGAAGAACACGUGGAGGGCUUCUACAUUCGCUUCCGAGACUUGAGUUCUGGCUCUCGCAAGUACAAUAUGAUGACGGUCAUGAACGGCGGAGCAUCCUCCUACAUUCUGACGGACUUGCGCAAGUAUACGGAGUACGAGCUCUUCCUGGUACCUUUUUACAAGAGCGUCGAGGGUCCUCCUUCAAAUUCAAAAAGUGCCCAGACUCUAGAGGAUGUGCCUUCUGCACCUCCAGACAAUCUCCGAGUAGAAAUUUUGGGAGCCAACAGUGCAGCCAUUUCUUGGUCUCCACCUCCUCCUCAACAUAUCAAUGGUGGACUCAGAGGAUAUGUGAUUCAUAUAUUCGACAACAGUUCUACUCUUCAUUCGAACCUCACUACCAAUGGAACCACAACAUCCAUCGUUUUGAAGAACUUGACAGCCGGAAUGACUUACAAAGUCAGAGCUGAGGCAUUUACCCGAGCUGGAAUAGGGCCUUCUACACCUUUAGUUGGAAUGGUUAUCGAUCCUCGCUUAUCCAGCUCGUCCGAUGGAUCGGGCGGACUGCGUCGUCGUUCUAAUGGCAGUGGGUUUGGUGCAGUGUUUCGACAACCAUGGUUCAUCGCUCUUCUCGGUUGCUCCGUCUUCCUUUUACUCUCCGCCUUCCUCGUUGCUGUCUUCUUCCGUAGGAGAAAUGCUUGGAAAAAAGCUUUACUUCAGGCUCAGAUUAAUGUUCCCAUUCACAAAAGCGAUGGCAUGCGAGGUGUAAACUCCUGUGAAACUCUUUGGAUUAAUCAAACUUUAAACUCUUCUCAUGCCAGCAAAGCUAACAGCCUUAGCGAAUCGAAGUUACUUGAAAAACCAGAUGCAUCUAUGGAGCAUAAUUACUACAGUGUGUGUGCACCUGACUACGCUGAAGUGGACACGCAUAGCAUGGCAACUUUCUACAAGCGAGAAGCUCCUUGCAGCACUCUAGCACCGUACGCCACAACCACUCUCAUCAGCAAGCAAGGAUCGGUUUAUGAAAGCAAGAGUAGCAGCUCUGAACUGAGUAAAAAGUCAGAAUUCGGUCCGAGACUCACAGAAGAUGAUGUUUUCGAACAUUUUCUAAAUAAAGCUCAAGCUUGCGCUGUGAAUUACUCCAAUGAAGACUAUGGAUACCAAAGCCGUCAACUGAAGAAUAAAUUUAUGCCAGGGCCGUCCAAUAAAGGAGGUUGCACCGUAGUUAAUUGGACGGAUUUCGCACCACCUCCGCCAGAAAAUCCCCCAGGGGAAAUAACUAUGCGAAAUUUGUCACCAGUCAACCCUUAUCAAGCACAGAUAUACACAUACACAAUGUCCGACAAAUCCCAGUUGACCGGGGGACUAAAAAAUACUAUAGAGACAAGUUUCCCUUUUCCAUUUUUUCUAAAACAAGGAAUAGAUCAUCCUGCCUAUUCUGGUAUAGCUGCCCUGCAUGAUCAUCCAUCAGCUGAUGAUGAAGGUGAAGAUAUUGAGCUCAGCAAUCUGUACAUUCAUCGGACGAGCAUUACGGAUUCCCUUCAAGCUGGAACAGUCCGCGAUGAUAACCCGAAUGUUCGCCCGUGCACCAAUGAAUACAGUAAUAACUACUUCAUCGCUGAAUACAAUGCAGGUCGGGCCCAAACAACGUUGAGGAAUCGAUGUUCGCGGCCCCCGAGUGCUCACAGCAAUGAAGGAAAUAAUACCGGUACACUUCCCGGGCCAAACAGAUCAGCUCCAUCCUCUCAGCAACAAAAGCAGAAAAGGAAAGACAGCGGGACGGAAGAGCGAGAGCAAAACGACGACAUUCCAUCAUAUAAUAAGCCUUCUUUUCCAUCUUGUUCGUCAACAGCACCCAGUCAAGGUAGAAGACGACGCGAAGAAGUUCUGUCUCCCCUCAAAACCCUUUCUGAUAAGUACUCGAGCAAUUCAACGCAAAGCAAACAGUCCUCAGAUGAAAGGUGA